AUGCCUCCCAAGAAGAGCUCUGGCGAGGAUGGUUCUCCCACUGGCCUCACCGAUGGUGAGCUUCGAUUCAUCAAGGCCAUCUUCGACAACAUGACCCAGAAGCCUGACGCCGACUGGGAUGCUGUUGCCCAGACCCUCAGUCUCAAGGACGCCAAAUGCGCCAAGGAACGCUUCCGCCAGAUGUCCGUCCGCCACGGCUGGCGUGGCGAUGCCGCUGCUGCUUCCAGCCCUCGCAAGGCUGCUUCUACCGCCGCUGGAGACAAGGUCACCAAGAAGCCUCGCACUCCUCGCAAGCCCGCCGCCAAGAAGUCUGCCAAGAAGGCUGAAGUUGAGGAUGAUGAAGAUGACGAGGAUGUCAAGGAUGAGGUCAAGACCGAGGGCAAGAAGGUUAAGAAUGAGGAUGAAGACUUGGACAUGGAGUAA